AGCCUCACAUGAUAAGGAGGAUCACAAUCCCCACCCGCAAGGCAGCGCCCGGACUUAAAUAUCAGGGACCACUUUCUUGCUCCAUCUCACAUCCACUCCUUCUUUUCUCUCCAAAACAUCGAGCCGAACAUCAAAAUGGCCUCGUCAGAGUACUCGCAAACACUGCAACACAUUACCGAUGCGAAGCUCGAGGAGCUUUCCAUCAAGCGCCAGAUAUUCCUGGAGCGCAAAGCGUCCGCCCUGCAGACAGCGGAGUCUCUACUCUCACCGAUCGCAAAGAUCCGUGCCCUCGCCGAUGGAGUCAAGUCGUGCUUCGGCAUCACCGUCAAAGACGGCCGCGUGGUGAUCGGUUCGAGCAAUCACCAACAACUCGAAAUAGCCCUUGCCAACCUCGACCGAUUCCUCAAACAAGCCGAGUAUGAUCCUGCAAUUUCGCCAGAUAUGACCGCGCGCUGGCAUCAGACGCUGCUCCGCUAUCUUGACAUCCAGACACUCAAAUACGAAUACGCGACACUCUUCGCACAGCUCACCAUGGAGUGGCUGUCGGUCAAGAAAGACCCAAGCUCACAGCCUCCCCUUGCUGCAUCCCACGAUGACUUUGAGAAGCUCGCGAGCACGGCCAAGACGGAAAGUCGGCAGGCGUGGGAGAAGGUCGUGUUCACUCCUGCUGGCCAUGACGCCGAGACUAUCACUGCUUUCCUCACAGAGCUCUUUUCUGGAAUCGGUCCCCCUGAACAGGAGGGAGAGACUGACCAAGCACGGGGCGUGGAGAAGACGUUAUGCGCACUCCGGGACAAAGUUGCAGCCUUCGAAAACAGUCUCUCCCUGGGACAGAUUACAUUUGUAACUCUCAACUGGGUGAUCAAUGGGCUGUUGAAUUCCGACCUGGUGACGGACAAGCAACGGGCUGCCUUGCGAGAGUUCCAGAAAGAUGACACCGUCCUAACUGAGUUGUCCGACGUGCUCAACAUGCGGCUGGCCCGCCUACAUGCGUGGACAUGGGGGCCUGCUGUCCACGUCGAGCAAAGACGCCAGAUGAAUGGGACAUACCAGAUCCGCAUGCAUGAAGACCUCAUCCAGGCGAUAUUCUUGCAAUACCUUGGUGUCAGGUGGUCCGUAUUUUUCAAAAGCGCCCUGCAUGACUUCCGAAAGACGCGCCAUUACUGGAAAACCCUGCGAUCCCAGGUCCCGGCUAUCGAUAAAAAGCGUCGCGAGUUCUUCCUCGACAAAUGCAGUGAUAAACCCAGUGUGCAAAUCACCAAGGAAUCCAUUCAUCGAAAGGCGUAUUUUGUCUCGCAGCUGCUUGAUACCGAGUUCCAAAUCCGAAAGCAAGAGGAAGGCGAAGAAGAGGCCUCCUCUUGGGGUCAUGCCAAAAAGGCCCGAGCAAAGCAGUCCGCACACAGAGUACAAUCACCGGCGGGGGUGGCGAGAUUCCUCAAGGCAGCCGAUUCUGUUGAAGACGAGGCCAUGGCAGAAUCUGAUGAGGAUAUGGGGUUUGCUCUGUUCGACGACGAGCACGUCACUUCUCACGACCCGGAUGCCACCUACGAUGACAUCUGGGGCACGAGCGUGAAGUCACCGGCCAACCAGUCGCAGGCGAAACAGAACCUUUUACUUCUCUUGAGCGCAGACACAAUCAUCAACAAACGGCUCCAUGGGGAGAUUACUUGCUUCCGGGCUCAGUACGAAUCCCUGUACCCGAGCCUGCCUCAUUCCACAAUUCUGGCAGUCCUCACCUUCCUCGGCGUAUCGGAAAAGUGGCUGGGCUUUUUCGAGAAGUUCCUCGCUGCGCCGUUGAAGUUUAUGGAUGAGCCCGAUGCAGAGCCGCGAACGCGCCGACGGGGAACCCCGGGGUCGCACGUAUUGAGUGAGCUAUUUGGCGAGACUACACUCUUCUGCCUUGACUUUAUGAUCAAUCAGGAAUGCGACGGCGAGCUACUCUGGCGAGUCAACGACGAUAUGUGGUUCUGGUCUCGCGAUCAAGAAACAUGCGUGACCGCGUGGAAGGCUAUUCAGCGCUUCAACGAGACGAUGGGCAUUUCCAUCAGCGCAGACACCAGUGGCGGUGCUCAUAUAACCGUUGAGAAAACGGAGCAGAAAUCGACCCUUCACCCUGUUCUACCCAAGGGCAAAAUUAGAUGGGGAAUGCUGUACCUCAACGCCGAGUCCGGCAAUUUCGAGAUCGACCAAGAAAUGGUAGACGAGCAUAUCAAGGAGUUACAGCGCCAGCUGGACGACAAGCAAGGCAGUGUUUUUGGGUGGAUUCAGGCCUGGAACUCUUACGCAUCCACGUUCUUCACUUACAAUUUUGGGAUGCCGGCGAACUGUUUCGGCCAACGACACGUCGACAUGAUGUUACAGACGCACGAGCGGAUUCAACGCAAGAUAUUCUCUCUGGGUCCGGAAGGAGGAGGUAAAGGGGACAGCAGCGUGAUCACUUUCCUCCGUGACAAGAUUCAAUCACGCUUCGGAACGGAGAAUCUCCCCGAUGGAUACUUCUUCCUCCCGAUCGAUCUCGGCGGGCUAGAGCUAUCCAGCCCGUUCAUCAACCUCGUUGCCCUCCGUGACUCGAUCGUGUCCAACCCGGACUCCCUGCUCGAAGAUUUCUUCGAAGCAGAGAAAAGUGCAUACGCCUCUCUCAAGCGACGAUACGACGAAAAGGACAAAGACAGCCUUAGGUACCAACGUCGUUAUCGCCCUGAAGAUGCGGACCACUUCAUGUCAUUCGAGGAAUAUACCCGUCACCGGGAGUCUGUUGACUACGGUUUCCAGCACCAGUUGGUAUGGGUCUAUGAUCAACUCUUGAAGCGGCCGCAGCAGGAGGAGAUCCGCCAGGAUGUCUCCGGACCCGUGACCUUGGGUCUUGGUCAGCUGCAGAGCCAGCUCAAUUUAUCUGGGAUCCGGUCGGACUGGAUGAUGAUGUCGUCCUACUGGAAAUGGCUGGCGCAGCUGUAUGGGCCGGAGAUUGUGGAUCGGUUUGGUGGGUUCAAUAUCGUCGACCCAGGGUUGUUGCCCAUCGGGCUGGUGAGCCAGUUCCGCAGUGGUAGGGUCAGUUGGACGGAGGAGUAAGACACAUUGUGAUGGGAGUGAUCUUAGUAGUUGAUUUGAACUUGCCAGUCUGAGCUUUGGUGUAAGCGUUCAGGUUGCUCAGGAAGCUGCUUAGGGCAGCGAGGUGAUUAAUUCAUUCUGUGCUCCGGGAGGCGAUGAUUUCCCGAAUCGGCAGUUUUACCGUCACCUAUAUUACUACAAGAGGCCCUGGAUGAGCAACUCGCAUCAAAUUGAGACUUUAAAGUAUUCUGGCUCUGUUGACGUGUGUCAGCAAGGUAGAUUCCAUGUCCAAGGAGUCAUGCACCACAAAUGAUAACAAGUCCAAUCUCAACCCUUGAGAACUAAGCCCAGCUCCCAGCAGCGAAAAAUCCAUUCCCAAGGACUCGGGAGCUGCAACAAAACAGAAAAGGUCCAAAGGGUACUAUCAACCAGGUGUCCGCAUCGUUGCUAGACGAAGAAGCGAGUCUGGUAUUGACCGACUUAGAUCAAGAGCCCCGUUCAGCAUGCGGGACGAGUGCAAUCAUUGCAGAGAAGAAACGCAGGCCAGUGAGGAAUAAUACGACAAGAAUGAAACAAAGAAAUAAACACAGAAAGACAACGAAGAAAAGAGCCCAGAUAAAAAAGUG